AAAUAAAACAGAAAUGCAAAGCUUUAGAGUGCCCAUAGAAAAUUUGAUUACCUUGUCACCAUGAGUAAAAGUUAAUUCCAACUCCUGAAGAUAGCAAACCAGCUCUGAAAGAGAGUGAAAAUGCAGACGAGACAGUUAUCAGAUAAUGACUAUCUGGACAAGAGAGAUUCUUUCAUUUGACAGCAGUUCAGUUGUUGGGAGUUCCAGUUUGGCUCCUGCAUAGUUGCUCUGUACAAAUCCUCCUCCAUAUUUGCUUAGAGAAAACAUGUUGCCAUCCCAUCGUAAAGGAAGCUGCCUGAGAGUUUUUAACCAUUACAGCUGUGAUGAUGAAAGAGUGAAGAACCGCCUCUAAGUUAAAAAGUGCACCCAGAGAUAAGGUUCGUUCUCAAUGCCCUGCUGCUGCUUCUGAUCGCAUGGCCACCGCACUUCUCAGGCCUGGCACAUUGAGCAUCAGUCCUGUGCCUGACACUGUGCUAGAUGGUGGGAUUGCAGCCAGGAGCAUAGACACGACAGACACGGUCCUCGCCAUCUACUGAUGAGUACUGAUUGGAACAAGAGGAUUGUCUUUAGACAGGAUAUGAUCAUCAUGGCACCUAUAUUACUGAUUCUUUUGGGGGCCACUGAGAUACUGCAAGCUGACUUACUUCCUGAUGAAAAGAUUUCACUUCUCCCACCUGUCAAUUUUACCAUUAAAGUUACUGGUUUGGCUCAAGUUCUUUUACAUUGGGAACCAAAUCCUGAUCAAGAGCAAAGAAAUGUUAAUCUAGAAUAUCAAGUGAAAAUAAACGCUCCAAAAGAAGAUGACUAUGAAACCAGAAUCACUGAAAGCAACUGUGUAACCAUCCUCCACCAAGGCUUUUCAGCAAGUGUGCGGACCAUCCUGCAGAACGACCACUCAUUUCUGGCCAGCAGCUGGGUUUCUGCUGAAGUUCAGGCUCCACCAGGGUCUCCCAGAACCUCAGCUUUGAAUUUAACCUGCACCACAAACACUACAGCAGAUAAUUAUUCACACUUAAGGCCAUACCAAGUUUCCCUUCACUGCACCUGGCUUGUUGGCACAGAUGCCCCUGAGGACACGCAGUAUUUUCUCUACUACAGGUAUGGUUCCUGGACUGAAGAAUGCAAAGAAUACAGCAAAGACAUACUGGAGAGAAAUAUUGCAUGCUGGUUUCCCAGGACUUUCAUCCACAGCAGAGGGCGUGACUGGCUUGUGGUUCUUGUUAAUGGCUCCAGCAAGCACACUACCAUCAAGCCCUUUGAUCAGCUGUUUGCCCUUCACACCAUUGAUCAAAUAAAUCCUCCACUGAAUGUCACAGCAGAGAUUGAAGGAACUCGUCUCUCUAUCCAAUGGGAGAAACCAGUGUCUGCCUUUCCAAUCCAUUGCUUUGAUUAUGAAGUGAAAAUACACAAUACAAGGAAUGGAUAUUUACAGAUAGAAAAAAUGAUGACCAAUGCAUUCAUCUCAAUAAUUGAUGAUCUUUCUAAGUACGAUGUUCAAGUGAGAGCAGCAGUGAGCUCCAUGUGCAGAGAGGCAGGGCUCUGGAGUGAGUGGAGCCAACCUAUUUAUGUAGGAAAUGAUGAACAGAAGCCCUUGAGAAAAUGGUUUCUCUUUGUGCUUAUGGCAACCAUCUGCUUGAUCUUGUUAAUUCUCUCGCUCAUCUGUAGAACAAAGCUGGAUCCACUGAGACAGAAACUGAAGUCAUCAGUUAUAUAGAGAAGCCUGGAGUGGAGACCCUGGAGGAUUCUGUGUUUUGACUAGCCACUGUGGCAUCCUCUGAUGAACUCACGCACACAUGCCUCGGUGAAAAGAACAGGGAUGCUGGUUCUUGGCUAAGACGUGUUCAGAAUUUACGGAACACUCAGUUCAGCUGUGAGGCAAUACACCCAGACACACCAGACUUGUGUCUCUUAAAAGCGUGGAUGCUUCAUCAAAAUCUCCACGCCCACGGCAAAGAAGUUGAUUCAUCCAAGCACUUUGCCAUGUGUUUUCCCCCAUCACUGUACAGGGUAGCACCUCCUCACCUGCCGAUCUUUGCAAUUUGCCCGACUUGCCUCAACCUUUUCUUGCACAAGAGACAGCUUUUAAGGCUAACGUCCAGCUGUACUUACUUCUGGCAGUGCCUUUUUGGCUGUUUAAGCUGCCAAUGGUAGCACUCAGCUACAAUCUGAAGAAGAAAGUAUUUGCCUGGUGUGAAUCAUGAACUUGGAUUCAAGACUAUCUUUUCUAUAGCAAGUGAGAGGCAC